AGGUGCCACCGCCUCAUGAGGGGCCCGGCCACGUCCCCCUCGGCCGGCACGGCGGGCGGCGCGGGCAGCUGGCGCCUGCGAUGGCGCUGAGCGCUGAGAUGCUCCAGGGGCUGAAAGGUAGUCACACUGCUGAAGCCUCUGACGAUCUCACAGAGGUCUCGGAGCUCAUCGCGGGACCUGCGGAGGUCUCGCCGGGAGUCGACUGGUCGCAGCUGCUGAGUCAGAUCGCACAAAUGAGCACCUUCCUGCCGGAGGCUCCGGAGACCGAAGGCCCGCACGCCGAAGGUCGCCGAAAAAAGACCGCUCUGCCUGCGCUGAGCCGAGAGUUCUGGGGGUCCAACCCCUGUGGUUUAAGCACGGUCAAAACCUCCAAGUGGAGGGUCGAAUGAUGGGAGACGGUGGAAGACUUGGCGACCUGGUCGGACACAAUCAUAGGACACCACUCGUGUUCAUGGGCGGUGAAGCCACGGCCUAUGAUGGCCCAUGGGUUCGGUGACCAGGUCCUAAAAGGUCCCAAAAGGACUGUCCCCCACGCGCGGCCACGUUCCACCAUUCCCGCCACCUGAGUUCCGGUGGUUUGUCAAUGUGGUUUUUGCUGCUUAUUCAUCUCCAACAUCGUUGUUUUGUUCCAACUCACCCCCCCCAACAGCGACCCCAACUGUUGGUUCAGUGCUCUACCGCCUCUUUAAGUACUGCGGUUCCAACGGUGUGGCGCCACCGCGGGCUGAUGGGGCACUUGACGCUCAGGUACGAGUUGGCGGCUUAUGGGGCUCCCUAUGUGGUCACAACCUCAAG